CGAGGGAGGAGGGCGGGCGGGCGCGGCGGGCCGGGCCGGCGGGCGGCGGACUAUGAGGCGCCCACCAUGGUGCGAUGCGACCGCGGGCUGCAGAUGCUGCUGACCACGGCCGGAGCCUUCGCCGCCUUCUCGCUCAUGGCCAUCGCCAUCGGCACCGACUACUGGCUGUACUCCAGCGCGCACAUCUGCAACGGCACCAACCUGACCAUGGACGACGGGCCCCCGCCCCGCCGCGCCCGCGGCGACCUCACCCACUCGGGACUGUGGCGGGUGUGUUGCAUCGAAGGCAUCUAUAAAGGGCACUGCUUCCGGAUCAACCACUUCCCAGAGGACAAUGACUACGACCAUGACAGCUCAGAGUACCUCCUCCGUAUCGUGCGAGCCUCCAGCGUCUUUCCCAUCCUCAGCACCAUCCUGCUCCUGCUCGGAGGGCUGUGCAUCGGCGCGGGGAGGAUCUACAGCCGAAAGAACAACAUCGUCCUCAGCGCAGGAAUCCUCUUUGUGGCUGCAGGCCUCAGUAAUAUCAUUGGCAUCAUCGUCUACAUUUCCAGCAACACGGGAGACCCCAGCGACAAACGUGACGAAGACAAAAAGAACCAUUACAACUACGGCUGGUCUUUUUACUUCGGAGCCCUGUCGUUCAUUGUGGCGGAGACCGUGGGCGUCCUGGCUGUGAACAUUUACAUUGAGAAAAAUAAAGAGUUGAGGUUUAAGACCAAGCGCGAAUUCCUUAAGGCCUCUUCCUCCUCUCCUUACGCCAGGAUGCCCAGCUACAGGUACCGGCGACGGCGGUCCAGGUCCAGUUCAAGGUCCACCGAGGCCUCGCCCUCCAGGGAUGCGUCUCCCGUGGGCCUGAAGAUCACCGGGGCCAUCCCCAUGGGAGAGCUGUCCAUGUACACGCUAUCCAGAGAGCCCCUCAAGGUGACCACAGCCGCCAGCUACAGCCCAGACCAGGACGCUGGCUUCCUGCAGAUGCACGACUUCUUCCAACAGGACCUGAAGGAAGGUUUCCACGUCAGCAUGCUGAACCGGCGGACAACUCCCGUGUGACCUGCCCACCCACCCCUCAGCACCAGCCUCCCCCGGAGAGGCUGUUUUGGGUGACGCACAACAGGGUGACCCUUAAGAUUAUAGAGAGUGAACUGGAGCCAAGAGCAACCCCCACCCCUGGCCUCCAGAAGAUGCUGAUUUAGAGUGAAGGAAGCCGGGGGGGGGGGGGCCGGAGUUAGGGCUAGGGUAGGGAAUGAGGGCUGACUUUCUCCCAAGACAGGGUGUUUUGCUGCCCUCUGGGUGUUUGGAACUUCUCAGGAAGCCCAGCUGUUAGCCAGAAACUGCAUCAGCCUGCCACUUGGGAAUCAGGAAAGUAGUCGUGCCAGAAGAAGAUGAUGUCAACCCCUUUUCCCUUCCCCGGGCGGUGGGCCACAGGAAGGCCUUCUUCCAGAUACUGGGAGCCCUGAACUCCCAUCAGCUCUUUCCCACCCAGAAGUUCCUGUGUCCUGGAGCCUGCAAUGAGCCGAAGCUCACUCCUGUCCCCUCUGUGUCUCCCUCUCCCGGCCUCUGGCACCCUGGUGGAACCGGUGGUUGUAUAUAUCUGUCCUGAAGAGAAAGCUCGAUGGCUAACUGGUGCUUCCGCCUUGAGCUGUCCUGAGGCCGGCUGCUCUCCACCUCAGGAGACCAGGAAUCCAAGGCAAAUGCAGAGGCUCUGCUGGCUUUUCUACCUGCUUCUGGAAGUUUCUGCUGCCCUCAGAAUGGUCAGGACAGGCUGACUAGACUUGGAGGUCUAGAGGAUUCCAUGGAUCUGAGGAAACGUGGGCCUGUGGCCUCUUGCUGUGUCCCUCCACACUGGCCUGAGGAACCACUCUGUCCCCUGAGCAGCAGAGGGUCCCGCUGUGAGGUAGAGCUGUACUCCCACCUCCAAACUGAUGUUCCGCAACAGAUGUACAAGCUUAAGUACAAGAAAGGGAAACCGGAGGGUGAGCAGAGACCAAAAAGAAGAAAGGAAGAGCGUCCGUUUGCAAGUGGUUAUGAAUCAUUCGUUCUGAAGAGCAACAGCAGGAGAGCAAGCUGCACUCACCUCUUCGUCCUAAAAAAUAGCAACAGCAUCUCCCCAGCAACCGUCAUUAUAAUUUAUUCUGCCGACAUCAGGGCUCAGUGGACGUUUGACUCAAGGGGCCAUGCUGGGCUUUCUAACUUUGCCCGAAUCUAAGGAUGAAUUCUGUGUCUUACAGUUUGUCCAACUGUCCACCCCCUCCACCCCCACCUCCCUUUUGAGGUGAGCAAGAACCGCUUGAGAGUGUCCAGGUUAGAAGGUGAAACUUACCCUCUUUUCUAUAACACACGUGCUUUCUAAGGAUCAAUUGUUUCUUACUUUUUGAGACUUCUUAAUCCAAUCUUUGAACAGUCAUCUGUGACCCCGGUAACUGUCUCACUUAGAAGUGACAAGCCAAUUCUUACCUCAGUCACCUGCUCAUGGAGCCCCCUAGGCUAACUCGGAGUUCAGACCCAGGUCUGUUUAUCCUUCCCUGCCUGCCUUCCACUGUCCCCACCACUGCCACAGGAAGGCAUCUCAUGUCCAAAACCCCGGGAGCUGGUGAGCUGAGAUGUGAGCAUGCCAAGGCUCCUCUGUGCUUGCUCAAAACCAUUCCCCGCCCCGCCCCGCCCCCGCCCCACCGCUGGCCAGGUUGGCUCCGCAGUGUGUGUGAAGCAUGUACAGCAGUAAGCGCCAGGGUCGAGACAUGUGUGGUCUGUCCCUGCUGCAGGCCCUCUCCCCGCCCGCCUCCCCGCCCUCACCUCUCCUCUGCCACCAUUGUAACAUCUAAUGAGGCUGAAGGGAGCCCCAGCCCCCCGGGGGAGACCUGUCUUGUCUCUCCUAGAGAGCCGGUGGGACUUCCGCACAAGCCUUUAUCCCAACUGUGGUCCCAGAGGUUUCCACGAUUCCACAUAAGAGAGCUGUGUUCCCAUGACUCCUACCUCUUGUCCAGUUCCAGGCAGAGUACACGGGCCCCACUCCAGGGACCAAGACAGAGAAAGAGAAGACACAGAGGGGUAGAACACAGGGAGAAAACCUCAGCUGCUCCAGGCCUGACAACCUUCCUCCCACUGACUGCUGGCCUCGUUCUGGGGACCCUGGUCUCCAGCUUGCCCUCCCUGUGGGACAAAGGGAGUAGAGCCAGACCCUACUGCUGACAGGCUCGGAUCUGGUUCCCUCUCUGAAGGGAGAUAGGCCUGAGCCUACUGUCCUACCCUUCCUCUGUCCCACCCCCUCCCCCCUGUGUUGUCCACCAGGUAAGCCCCUGUGAUCCUGUACCCACCAAUGGUUUGGGAUUGUUAGUUCUGUCUCUCUCUCUCUCUCUCUUUUUUAAUUAAAUAAAAACA